CAAAGCUUCUCUUAUGGCCAACAAGUCAUCAGACGUUUGCCCACAUCUUGCUUUCUCAGCUUGGCAGCCAAGAUACUUACAAGAAACUGCUUAUAAUAAUCUUGUUGCUGUUAUCUGCGUCAACAUUACCUCAGCCGUCAUAUGCAUGGUGUUAAAUGCGCUGGUUGUUAUAGUGGUGGUGACCAAACAACAAUUGAGAACUGUGUACAACAUCCUCCUGGCGUGUUUGGCCGUGACAGACUUUCUGGUUGGCUUGCUCGUGCAGCCCUUGUCCGUGGCGGCAGAUUUUAAGCGUAUCUUUGGUCUUGGGCCGUUUUGUAUGUUCGAUACAGUACUGGGGAUGGUCGGCAUUGGAGUAUGCCUGGCGUCAGUUGGCCAUCUUAUGUUGAUCAGUGUUGAACGCUACAUUUCCAUAAAGUUCCCCCUCAGAUAUGACGACAUCGUAACAGAGAAGAGAGUUAUUGCUUGCAUGGUGACGGUCUGGUUAGUUUCAGCAGUUGGCAUAAUUGCAAUGAUCUUUCUUGCGUCCAUAAACACUGAAUCAGAUUUAUAUUCAAUACUGCUGAUCGCAUACGCUUUAAUGUUCCUAGUCGUUAUUGUUGUUUACAUUGUUACCAUUGCCUUCAGCCAUACAGCAGUCUUUUUGGAAGCCAAAAAGCACAAACGCCGUCUACAAACUGAGCAGUUACCUGACGAAGAGGCCAAGCGCCUUAAAAAGAACCACAAGGCAGCUAAAACCCUGACAAUCAUCUUGACGGCGCUGUUCUUCUCCUACCUGCCCGUAACCGUACUUUUUGGAAGCGCAACUUUCUCAGAUGAUUUGGUGGAGCCGCAUGUGUUGUACAUAUUGUUCGCAUGGUGUUAUACGUCUGUUUACGUCUGCUCAAUCUUUAAUCCACUGAUUUACUGCUGGCGAAUGAAAAAGCUUCGUGGAGCGCUGUUCGAUAUAUUACAUUUAAGGCGGGCACAAAUCAGCACGGGCAUGGAAUGAUAAUUAACUCCAGCAGAAUAUCCAACCAGUUCCUUGUAAUGAGGCAUGCGUUACAACCACUAAUGGCUUAGAACUGAGUGUCGAAUGAGCAUAGCUAUACAGAGAACUGUGUGUGUUUAUCUUUUCGUAAAUUCUGCAAGUUUUAAUGGUAAUUUGGGUAACGUAGACAUAAGAAUACUCUCCAUAUUUUCUUUAACAAAGCAAUGGUAAAAACAUGGUUCAUGCGUAUCCCUAGAGAAAGUUACAAACGGGUCAACUAGAAGCUAUUUCACACAUUCCCUUACAUGAGUUCAUUUCUAUUAUAUAGAUAUUAGGUUUUCAAACGAUUUUUUUUGGUAAUGGAGGUAGUGUCUCUGCCGUUUUAUUUUGGGACUUCCUAAGUUCUA